CAAAUUUUUUUUAGCUGUUUUCGCGACAAAAUACCAAAAGUCAUAUGUGGCUGUAAAUGAGAUGAACCGCUUAGGCAAGACUUCAGAUCUUAAUGAAUUCUUGGCUAACAUUACACUGAUGGUGGCGAAAACAUCAGUUGCAAUCUACCUUGUAAAACAGACACCAUCAAAUAUAUCGUGUUAUGAAUUUGUGAAAUUUCUUCAGCAUCAAUACAAAAAAAGAGAACAACAAAAAGAGGCUAUUUUAAAUUUUUGUUUGUUACAUAAAAACAAACAGUUGAACCAAAAUUCUUAUGACAAUGAAAUAACUAUUGAUAAAAUUACAGAGAUAAGCAACUACAUGAUAUACAACUCAAGUCGGCUAAAGUUGAUAAAAUUUAAUUUGCAAAAUGCUUUAAUACUUACAAAUAAUCAAGUAGUUCAUCAGAUAAAAUACAGUUUACACGAGAUAUUGGCUUCAUCGGUAAAUAUACUUAUUCAUGCUUUUAAGAAAAGUAGUAAAAAAGGUAUAAUCUGUGUAAAGAAGAUGAACUAUUUUAUUGAUCUGAAAGAAGAUGUACAAACCAUAUUUCACUUAUGGGUAAACAAGACAAUGGAACAUUUGAAAGAAAAUUCCAAUAAUUUUAUUCAGUGUUUUACAAUUUUGAAGUAUUUUAUGAUACCAGACAUAGUUCAUUCAGAAGCAGAUAAUAACCUAUGGUAUUCAACAACUCUUGAAUUGGCUUUGAUUCUUUCCAGCAUACUUUCAGCUCACUUGAAUACAAAGUAUCAGUCUGGUAUUGUCCAGUUUAUUACCGGAUUUAUAAAUGAUGCUCUAAAAAUCUUUAAUGAGAUUAUUAAGACGCUGAUUUUACAAAGGGGAAAAGUUCUGCUUUUGCGUACCAGUGGGUGUGCACAACUAGUAUGGAUUCUGAUAAAUUUAUUGAAAUAUUUUGAUUGCGAAAUUUUCAAUAAAACACAAACACUAAAAUGGAUUCAAAUUCUUGACAAACUUUUUGAAAUUCAACAGUCUAGUAUAGGUUGGAUGAUGAAGGCCCCAACAGUUCAACUAACUGGACUGAUGUUUAUAACUUUAUAUUGAAAAAUAAAAUAAUUAAACUUACAUUUAAAUUACAGUGAAAUGUUGAAGCAGUUUCAAUAUAGUUUAUUACACAGUUUCUAGUAUCAUGAAAUAAAUUUCUAAUUCAAAAAAAACUUUCACUUGUUUUUAACAUCCCAUUUCCUCACUCAAUAUAUAUAAAUAUGUAAAUGACAAAUUUACUUUGGAUUUCCAUAAAUAACAUUUUUCAAGUCAUGGUUUGUAGGGAUUUGAUUGGUUUACAGGAUUUCAUCAUGAGCUGACAUUAGUUGGAGAAGCAUUGGAAAACCCACCAAGGAGUACUGGACAGCUGUUUCGUCCUAGCUCUUUGGGACUCUUCAGCAGUACGCACCCACCGGGAUUCGAACUUUUUAUUAUUCAGUGGAGAAAAUGUUCGAGUGUUAGUCAUAGAAAGAAGAGAUAACACUUGUGUUAAAAAAUAGUUUAAUGUACAAUUUUCGCAAAUACAGUUUUAUUUCUGAUGAACUUUAAUAAUAAUGCUAUACAGUCCUACCGACAGUAUGGAACCAGACCAGGAGUGAUGAUAUUAUUACUCUGUUAGCACAUACAUUAUUUUAAGUUCUAAAAAGGAUAGCGUAAAUACCUAGACCUUAGGAAGCAUACAAUGCCAUAUAUCAAUAUAUGAAUGAGAGUAGAAAGUAUUUUCGUUACAUUUCUGGUCAAAUUUGGAUCAUGAAGCAAUACCUAUGCUUGUAAAUAAUUGCUCAUCUUAACUAGUAAGAGGAAUUUACUUCAGUUCAAGUGUAAAAUCAGGUGAUAUUGAAUUAUAAUGGCUUUCCAUGCUUUACAAGAUUUUAAAAACACGGAAGUAGUAAAAGAGACAUUUUUAAGCAAAAUUAGAUAUAUCGGUGAACGAAAGUCUAAUGAAUGAACAGCAUUUAGACUAAGAAUAUGCAAGUGAUCAAAAAAUUCAUCGGGGCGAAUCAAGAUAGGUUAACUUCUAAAGGAGAAGGGUAAUCAUCAUUUCAAGAUAUUAGCGAAUAUAAGUACCAGUUCAUUGAAUAGGAAGUAGAAGACACAGAAUUGUUCAUCUAUGUAUCUAUCGAAAGUCGACGUGGAACGGGCGGCUUAUUAACUUUCACAGUUGGAUACCCCUAUACACCAAACGUAACCUGAGGUGUUCACUCAGCUGCAGAGUUCGCAGAUUUUGCACCCUAAAUUUUAUGGAAGACGAAAUGGAUAAUCUCAAGAGAGUCGUCGUCGAGAAUUAUUACCCAGAACGAUUUAUUGCAAAACCCAUGAACUACGACUAACCUUCUCCACGAAACUUAUGAUUCGUAUGAAUGUGAAGGAUAAGUUAUUACUGCUGGCCUCAUCAAUGUAUAUUUAUCCACUCACCUACUCGUGUGGAGCCAGGUAUGUCGGCCGUACCCAGCAUUCGCUUUCCAAGCGUAUCACCGAACACUUACCAGCAUGGUUUUACAAUGGAGAAAAACGAUGGCUCCACAGCUCUAUCUUAGAAAAUCUGACAGAUUCCGUACACCAAGGUACACCCGUAAUAAACCUCAAAGUCGUCUACAGAAUAAGAAGCAGUGUUCCUCAAAGCCCUAAACUCUGCAUACAGAAGAAGCUCGUUCAAUCACUACACUUGCAAUGGACGUAAUUUAUCUUAAUACCCGACAGGCAAAUUUUAUUUCUUUCUUCCUGUCGCUUAAUUAGUAUUAUUCUUUCUUUUCAGUUGUAAUAUUUUACAUUUUCAACUUCCCUGUUCCCUACCCCCAACCGAUUUAAUUUUUAUACUUCAUUACGACUGUUACUGACUUGACCAACGCUCAAUUUCUAGUCAUUAUUGUCACGUCAUCCAAUUUAUUUGCUCAGUUUUAGUCCUAAUUUAAAUGGCAUUAUUCUCUACCCUACCACUACUUAGUCUGUACCUGUAAUUGCCUCUGUUGCCAUCUUGGCCUAAGCUGUAACAUUUUAGUCAAUUAUAUUACGUCAUCUGAGUUACCAACUCAAUCUUACUUUAGUUGCUGUCUAAUUAACCUUGUUUCUAUAUUAGAUCAUUUUUAUACUACCUGAUUAGUUAUGUAAACUUGCCAAACCUUAUGUAUACACAAAAAUAAUUAUGUAUAAAUGUGACUGUUCAGCUAUGUGAAUGAAUUUGCCAAAAACAGUCUCUUCGCUGAACGUCUUCUCU